AGAGAGGUACCUGUCAUUUUCUGCUGUCUACACCGAGCCCGUUCCGGUUUCUCGUCGACGCAAGGAAAAGCGCUUUGCGACACGUUUCCCAGUCGCGGCCGAUGUUUGGUUUACGUAGAUAGUCGCGCUGUUGCCCUUUUCACCGGCGGAACUGGCGAGGGAUGUGACGGACGGAUGGCGCCUUCUCGAGUCGACAAGCCGAUCUGAGUCACCGCCAACACAACCAGAACGGAAAGAGCCACCGAACGCCCCCCGUGGCACGCACGAACGUCUGCAUAGAUCGCAGCUUCCCUCUGCUCUUGACCUUGACACCGGCUUGCUUGGACCCGCCCCUCGUUAAUCCUCCUCCCUCCUCCCUCUCCCUCUCCUUCUUUCCCCUCUCCCCCCUCUCCCUUCUCUCUUCCCUCCUCCCUCCUCCCUCCUCCCUUACUCGUCCUCACCUCACCUUAUUCCCCUGCCACGAGAGCACCCCCCCCCUCCCCCUUCCCUCCCUUUCCCCCCAGAGGCAAGCAGAGAGAGGAAAACAGAAAUACGCAUGGCUCCGUCAGCCGAGCCAGCAGACGGCGUCGCCGGCGCGUCAGCGUGGACGCCGUCGUCCUGGCGGACGAAGCCCAUCAAGCAGCCGGCCGAGUACGCCGACCCGGCCGCGGUGGACCGCGCCACCGCCGAGCUUGCCCGCCUGCCGCCGGUCGUGCACCCCCACGAGAUCGCCCGGCUGCGCCGCAGCCUGCGCGAUGUGGCCCGCGGCGACGCCUUCCUGCUGCAGGGCGGCGACUGCGCCGAGCUGUUCGACUACUGCCGCGCCGACGCCGUCGAGUCCAAGAUCAAGCUCUUGCUGCAGAUGAGCCUCGUGCUCAUCUGGGGCGCCGACAAGCGCAUCGUCCGCAUCGCCCGCCUCGCCGGCCAGUACGCCAAACCCCGCUCCAGCCCCACCGAGGUCCUGCCCGACGGCCGCGAGGUCCCCUCGUUCCGCGGCGACAUCCUCAACGGCUAUCACCUCGAGGAUCGCGAGCUCGACCCCCAGAGGCUCGUCAAGGCUUACCACCACUCGGCCGCGACGCUCAACUACGUGCGCGCUUCCAUCGCCGCGGGCAUCGCCGACCUGCACCGGCCGCUGAACUGGAGCCUGGGCCACGUCCAGGACCCCGUCCUCAAGGCCAAGUACACCGAGGCCGUGCGCUUCCUGCAGGACAUGCUGCGCUUCAUGCACACUAUCGGCGCUGACCGCAGCCCCACGCUCGACACCGUCGACCUCUUCACCAGCCACGAGGGUCUGCUGCUCGAGUACGAGGAGAGCCUCACCCGUCUCAUGGAGCGCCCGCCGGUCCCGCCGGACGAGAAGGACUACGACGAAGACGACGAAAACGGCACCGGAGUCGGCGACAACGGCGCGCCGCGCACCGAGUACUACGACACCUCGGCCCACUUUCUCUGGAUCGGCGACCGUACCCGGCAGGUCGACGGUGCCCACGUUGAGUUCUUCCGGGGCAUCGCGAACCCGGUCGGUGUGAAGGUGGGGCCGACGACGCCGGUGGCCGACCUGCUCGAGCUGCUGCGGGCGCUCAACCCGCGGCGCGAGGUAGGCAAGGUGACCCUAAUCACGCGCUACGGCGCAUCGCGCGUCGCCGAGCUGCUGCCAGCGCACGUGCGCGCCGUCGAGGGGAGCGAAUACCGCGGACGCGUCAUCUGGCAGUGCGACCCGAUGCACGGGAACACGCGGACGGUGGUGGUCGAGGGCGAGGCCGCCGGCGUCAAGACUCGGCGCUUUGGUGAUAUCCUCGAGGAGCUGCGCCAGACGCUCCGCGUGCACCGCGAGCUCGGCCUCAGCCAUCUCGGCGGCGUGCACCUCGAGCUGACGGGCGACGCCGUGACCGAGUGCCUCGGCGGCAGCGAAGGGCUUGCCGAGGACGACCUGUCGACCAACUACACGAGCUUCUGCGACCCGCGCCUCAACGAGCGCCAGGCCCUUGAGCUCGCUUUCCUGAUCGCAGACAGCUACCGCCAGGAACGGGGCGAUCUCGCAGGCCAGAGACAGCAGUAGUAGCGGGGGCGGUAUCGGAUGGCUACUUUUUUAGGGUUUGGCAGUGUCUUCGCGGGUGGGAGGAACAUGAUGAGACGAAAUGCGGCAUAGUGACUCGAGAGGGACGCAGGGGCAUUUUGUCUCUCAUUGCAAUGAUGUACCCGUAAAAAGGGAAAAGGGGGUGGAGAAUAACGUGUUGCUACACGCAUGAGGUGAGACAAUCGACGAACUUGCAUGUACCUAUAUUAUCUACCUCCGUAAAUACCAGACCGGCACACCGGUUAGGAUGCGGGAACAACGAUGAAGACGUAUUUCUCAAAACAAUUCACGAUAUCGCCGUCGACGGG